AUGUUGGAGGCACAAAUGCAGAGAGAAGAAGCUAUGGUGAGUGUUCGUAUUUGCGAACAGGUUAUUCAGGAGGAAAGAGAGCAAGAGUUAGGUGACAUUGAAGAAAUGAAUGAGAAUAACGGGCAGGGGCGUCUCGACAAUGCACCCACUAGAAGUGUCCACGGGGAAGAAAGGGUGAGUUUGCUCAAAGUGGAUAUUAAUGACAAACAUUCUUUGAUAAACCAAAGUGAACUUGUAGAGAGAGGCACAGAAUUUCUAAGUUCAAAUCAAAAUCAAUCAAAUUUUAUUAACCAUAUUCAAAUAUUUACAAGCAGGUAGAAUUAUUUAAACAGGCGGAUACAUAUUAUAAUUAAAAAGCUAUAAAUUUAAUUAUAAAAUAGAAGGAAAGAGUAAAAUGUAAUAUGGAUGGAGAUUUGCAGAAGAAAACUCCAGGGAGUUUGUAGAGAAUGCCAAUCACCAAUUUUACCAGGGUCGAGUACAAACUGAGCAGGGUUUCUUAUCCAAAAUAAACUAAUUCAGCUUUUCAUCAUUUCAUCAAAUAAUAAAUGUUUGAGCUUUUUUUGAAAUGAUUUUAAUGUUUUUGACAGAGUGAUAGUGUCGUCAAGCGAAUUCCAGAAUAGGGUCCCUCUUUGUCUUAGGGUCAUUUUUCUAGUUGUGGUUCUUACUUGAGUGAUAUGUAAUUUGCUGGCAGUUCUGGUAUUAUAGUUGUGAAUUUCAUCAUUAUGAACAAAGUAGGUUUGGAAGAUAGGGGGAAGAGUACGAGGGUAGUUAAUGCAUCUAAAUAUAAAGGCUCCAGUUUGGUAUUUAUUUAUGUCAUAAACAGUCAAUAAUUUCAGCUUAUAGAAUAAGGGCUUUGUGUGGUCUCUAAAUCCAACGUUAGCAAUUAUUUGUAUCAUACGUUUUUGUAGUUUAAAAAUUUUUUCUAAAUUUGUACUAUAUGUUUUAGCCCAGAUAAUGUUACAAUAUUGUAUAUAUGGUAACACAAGCGUGCAGUAUAGUGAUCGACGUGCUGUCGCUGAAAUUAAUGACUUAAUUUUAUUUAUAACACCAAUGGAUUUUGACAUUUUUAGAGAAACGCAAUUGAUAUGUGGCUUCCAAUCAAGAUUUUCAUGAAUAUGAACACCAAGGAAUGUUAUAGAACUAACCUGUUCGAUGAGUUUGUUAUCUAUCUUAAUAUCAGUUGUUUUUGUAUAGUACUUGUUUCUAGCACAAAAAAUAAUACAUUUGGUUUUCUUCAGAUUUAACGAAAGUUUGUUUGAUUUAAACCAGGUGGCUAUAACACUGAGCUCUUGGUUUGUAAUCUGUAUCAGUUUAGUAAGGUCUUUCCCUGAAGAAAAGAGACUGGUGUCGUCUGCAAACAGGAUGAUUUUUAAAAGAGAAGAGCAGUUAGAAAUAUCAUUCACAUAUAUAAGGAAUAAUAGAGGUCCAAGUAUGGACCCCUGAGGAACUCCGCAAACGAUAGUUUUAUGUGUUGACAGUAUAUUAUUGAAUUUAAUGAAUUGUUUCCUAUUAGAAACAUGGGUGAAACCCUUAUUUUUGGGCCAAUAUCUGUAAAAUUUAGGUCUAUAAAUUCUGGUCAAUUCCCUCUGAAAGCCCUGUAAGUUACUGCAUAACUCUACAUUCUAUCAUUCAAAAUCUUUGAUUGCCCUGCCAAUCCAGAUGAUUCACCCUGCCAAUCCAGGUGAUUUGUAUUUUGGGUGGUGUCACACCCCCCAUACCCCCCUCAAGUUUCGCCCCUGAUUAAGUACCGCUAUUGUAAUGUAAAAAAAAAACCACUGACACACUGUGCAAUUCAGCAAAAUAUAUCAAAUGGCACGAUACAGCUGUAUAAAUUGGGCUGUCUGUUACGAUACACAGUGUCCUCUUAAUAUAAGUGAAUGUCCUAUGAAUAUGCAUCUCAUUUGCAAGUAAUAUUGUAUGUUUUGUGUUCAAUAUAUAGACCACAGUAAGACUUUUUUAAAUGUUUAUUUCAUUAACAAACGACGUUUCGGAGAUUUACUCCAUCUUCAGGUAGGAUUACAAUUUGAAUUUAAACUAACAUGCGCAUGCAUAAACGUUAAUAUUGUAUGAUUGUAUACAGAGGAUUUAAAAUGGAAUAUUUUCCAUGUGCAGGUACAAACUAUGUGGAAAGAUGAGGAAGUGUCAGCAUUGGUUGAGUAUUUAUUUUUGAUAGGUUAAGAUGGCUGAGGGCCCAAAAAGGGUUCAUGACCCUCCGACUGGGCAAACUCCAGGGAAAAAAACAGAAAAGAGAAGAUCUGGCGUGUCUGGAAGGUUCUUGAGGAAAUCACUGUUCCAGUCAGAUACCGAUUUAGAACAGGGUGUGGAGAAGAAGAAUCAGAAGGUAUCUAUUUAUAGUUGUUACUUAAUAUAUGUUAUUGCAUUGUUUACAGUUUGAGUGUCACUUGAUUCAACAAAACCUUUUUUAAAAUAGAACUUUUCAACACCCUGAGCACUUUUUGGGUGGGCGUGUAAAGAAUUUGUACCCAAAGUUAUGGGGUGUACAAUUAUUAGAGAGCCCGUAUCCAUGUGGUUUAACCUGUUGAGUGGUGGCAUUCACACCCGGACAAGUAAAAUUUCUGAUGUAGGGCGCAACUGGGCACAUUGCCACUUAAAGGGUUAAAAGUUAUACAUUAAGUACAGGGGCGAAACUAGCCCCUUUUAAUUCGGGGGGGGGGGUGUCUGCCAGAAUUGCCCUGCCAAAAUCGAUGAUGCUCUGCAGCAAAUUUUUAUUUCUGGCCACUAUUUUUGCCCAAAAAUGUUGAAAAAAUUUUUUCGGGACAUUAAAAAAAGGGUAAAAAAAUUUUUCCCCGACAUAAAACAGUUAAAUUAAGGGUCAAAAAAUUUUUCUGUAAAAAUUCCUGUUAAAACAUGGGUGAAACCCUUAUUUUUGGACCAAUAUCUGUAAAAUUUAGGUCUAUAAAUUCUGGUCAAUUCCCUCUGAAAGCCCUGUAAGUUACUGCAUAACUCUACAUUCUAUCAUUCAAAAUCUUUGAUUGCCCUGCCAAUCCAGAUGAUUCACCCUGCCAAUCCAGGUGAUUUGUAUUUUGGGUGGUGUCACACCCCCCAUACCCCCCUCAAGUUUCGCCCCUGAUUAAGUACCGCUAUUGUAAUGUAAAAAAAAACCACUGACACACUGUGCAAUUCAGCAAAAUAUAUCAAAUGGCACGAUACAGCUGUAUAAAUUGGGCUGUCUGUUACGAUACACAGUGUCCUCUUAAUAUAAGUGAAUGUCCUAUGAAUAUGCAUCUCAUUUGCAAGUAAUAUUGUAUGAUUGUAUACAGAGGAUUUAAAAUGGAAUAUUUUCCAUGUGCAGGUACAAACUAUGUGGAAAGAUGAGGAAGUGUCAGCAUUGGUUGAGUAUAUUGCUUUGUAUUAUUCACCUGAUGAAAAUUCAUUCAACGUAUGGCCAGCUGGUAAAAAUGAUGAACUUUGGGAGAAAUGUGCUGAUGCUGUUAACUGUUACAACAUCGGGAACAAGUGA